CGUGCUGCUCCUAGCGUCGGCACCUUGCAAGCACAGCAGUCACCUUCCAACCUCUGCGACUCUCCUCCGCUCUUUCUCGCUCAGUCGCAGUUAUUUCGCAGGACGGAGGGGACUGUCCGCCGACUGUCCGCUUCGCCCGGUUACACCAUCUGGGGGGAGUUUUCCAACGCUGGGGGAUUGAGAGGUGUUGCUUUUUUACCCUACCCGCAAAAAAAAGAGUCUAUGCUCCACGGAAGACACGCGGCUGGUCGCUUUACCGAGCCAGAGAGGGCUGCCGUGCGUGCGCCCUGGUGAUGAGGUUGGUGGCGCACAGCCGACACAGCAUUAAAGGAAUCCCUCUGUGUCUGAAGAAACCGCCCCAGUAAAGGGACAAGAACGGGGGGAGAGCUGCGGGAACUGGUGUCGGCUGGGACGCUAUCAUUCCGACUAGGAUGCAUCUCUUCAGUGCCAUGUUCCUGCUUGUGAUGUUAGCUGUCAUGCCCUGUGAGGCUCUGUACCCAAGCCCAGAGGAGGGCUGGCAGAUCUACAGCUCAGCACAGGACGCAGAUGGGAAGUGUAUCUGUACUGUGGUCGCACCAGCCCAGAACAUGUGUAACCGCGACCCACGCAGCAGGCAACUUCGCCAGCUCAUGGAGAAGGUUCAGAACAUUAGCCAGUCAAUGGAGGUGCUGGACCUGCGAACAUACAGAGAUCUACAGUAUGUAAGGAACACCGAGAGCCUAAUGAAAGUGGUGGAUGGAAAGCUGAAGGUGGCCUCUGAAAAUCCCCGCAGUCUCAAUCCAAAGGGCUUUCAGGACUUGAAAGACAAGGUGACCCAGCUGCUCCCCCUGCUGCCAGUGCUAGAACAGUACAAGACGGAUGCCAAGAUGAUCCUGCGACUUCGGGAGGAGGUGAGGAAUCUGUCCUUGGUGCUGAUGGCCAUCCAAGAAGAGAUGGGUGCCUACGAUUAUGAGGAGCUGCGCCAGAGAGUCUUGCUGCUGGAGACCAGGCUCCACUCCUGCAUGCAGAAAUUAGGCUGUGGAAAGCUGACGGGCGUCAGUAAUCCCAUCACAGUACGCGCAUCGGGGUCAAGGUUUGGCUCCUGGAUGACAGAUACCAUGAUCCCCAGCUCAGACAACAGAGUGUGGUCCAUGGAUGGUUACUUCAAGGGACGUCGUGUCCUGGAAUACCGCACAAUGAAUGAUUUCAUGAAGGGCCAGAACUUUGUGCAACACUUGCUGCCUCACCCCUGGGCAGGCACUGGUCAUGUGGUCUACAAUGGCUCGCUGUACUACAACAAGUACCAGAGCAACAUCAUCAUCAAGUACCACUUCCGUUCACGGAGUGUGCUGGUGCAGCGCAGCCUGAGUGGGGCCGGCUAUAACAACACCUUUCCCUAUUCCUGGGGUGGCUCCUCUGACAUCGACCUGAUGGCGGAUGAGAAUGGCCUGUGGGCAGUAUACACGACCAUCCCUAAUGCUGGGAACAUUGUGAUCAGCCGCCUGGAGCCCCAGAGUCUGGAAGUGCUGCAGACUUGGGACACAGGCUUCCCCAAGCGCAGUGCAGGAGAGUCUUUCAUGAUCUGCGGUACACUUUAUGUCACCAACUCCCACCUGGCUGGUGCCAAGAUCUACUUUGCCUACUACACCAACACAUCGAGCUAUGAGUACACAGACAUCCCCUUCCACAAUCAAUAUUCCCACAUCUCCAUGAUGGACUACAAUCCCAGGGAGAGGGUCCUGUACACCUGGAACAACGGACACCAGGUGCUCUACAAUGUCACACUGUUCCAGGUUAUUAAGACUUCUGGGGACUGAGAGCCCUCAGACUGACCCACUCAAAUAAUGCUGUGAUCAUUGUUCGGGGAGGGGCAAAUGAGCUGGGUGGAGGUGGGUGCAGCUUGUGGGUGGUGUGGGUUGGGGGGGCUUCAGUGUAUGGGCAUAGGCUUGGAUUUUUUUUAAAGAAUUUCAAUCUUCAUAGAGUGCUAUUAUUCACAUUCUCAAAAAACACUCCGGCAGCAAGGUCGGUAAAGAUACAAAGACUGAGCGCUUCUGUUAUUUUUCUUCCUGUGAUGAGUAAGCAUGGUUCUUUUUAUUUGUGAUGAGAAAUAAAUAUCAGUCUUUACCAUUUAUGACUUUGUAUUUCAUUGUCACUUUCGUUUCGAGAAGACCUUCGCUGUAUCUUGGAGAGGUGAGCAACAAAAGAUAGACUUUCUGUGUUGUUGUAAAAACAUGGCUUCAAACUCGGCUGUGUGUUCUCCUGAGGUGGGUGCUUCUUAAAAGGUAUAAAUAGGUGUAUCGCUUCUUUUUUAGUUUUGACUAAUGUUUCUUUUAUUUGUUUUUGAAUGAAGGGGACUUGAAAGUAUUUAUUCUUUGUUGUUCACUGAAACCUUGCUAAGAAACUCAAAACAUAGACAAUGUGUUUAGAAUAAUUGAAGCUGUUUUUCAGCAUGAAAUCUAAAACACUUAAAGUCCCCUUCCACUCACAAAUGUGUUAUAUGGUUAUGUCCCCUAAAAUGUCUGACCUACACUGACUUGUAUCUGUGUCAUGAGAGAGGUGUUUUCACGUUCCUCUACUGAAUGGGGUGAUGUCUGUUCGGGCUGGGAAUCGCGAGAGGACGAUACGAUAUGAUAUUAUCACGAUACUUAGGUCACGAUACAAUGUUAUUGCGAUUUUGCGAUGUGCUGAGUAUUGCAAUACAAUAUACUGUAUUACCUUUUUCCCCCAACUGCAAAUUAUUUCCCCAAAGGCAAACUUUAUCAACAUGAAUUUUUCUUCAUAAGAUGAAGUUUUCAGUCUGUUCAUUUGACUUUAGUCAUUUUUAUUGCAGCAAAAUGUGAUGCAAAGUAGACAGACUGACCAACACUGUCAUAAAACCUGUCAUAAAUGCUGCAAACACCUGACGAACUUAACUGUUGGCAGAUUUAACACCUGCUGCAAGGCCAGAUAAAGCAUGAGAGUGACUUAUGUGUUCCGGUGUGACUUAUGUGUACUGCUUCAGUUUAGAAAACGUGAGACCGAAGUCGCCAGUUCUGUGUGGGAUAAUGUGCCGUUAUAGUCACAUACGAAUCCACUGACCUUGAAGUCCAGACAUCACAAGUUACUGCCACCCUUCCUACUGUACUCAAAGUUCCUUGACUUUAUGCUUCGCGUCUCUGUAGAGCGUGGGUGCGGCUGUGUUGGUAAAAAAAAAACCCCGUCUGGACAGAGUCACAUACUGAAGGAGUGAUUUUAGCAUGUAACAAAAGCCUUCGUUUUCAACAAUGCUGUAUGGACGCAGAUCUUCGCACAUGAAGUAGGUGAUGGACUGUGUUAUUUUCUUAGCUCUCUCAUAGUUGGAUGGUAGUUUUAUCAAGCUAUGUGUGUCCAGUGUUGGUUGAUUUUUGGGCGGAGCAGGUUUAGCGCUAGCUUAGCCUUCAGCGGUAAAUGCUAUCUCUGGAUGGUAGAGUGUGAGGUGAGCCCUCAUGUUCGUAGCAUUCCCGGAGAUUCUCAUGUGACACUGCUUGCCAAUCGCAUGUGUCAUAUCCAAAUCCUUCUUUCUUUCUAUGUUAAAAAAUUCAAAAUAAGUCCAGACGUUUGAUUGAAAUGCCGAUUUGUUUUCACUUUGUUUCUCUGGUGCCUCAGUCUUUGUUUUGAUGAACUUCCUGCCAAAUGCUGCUGACUGAGACUGCUGACCUCACCAGGAAAAAAAAAUAAACAUCAGCACCAUCUAGUGGACCGAGGAAGCGAAUGAUUUUAUUAUUCUAGUACGAAAAGUUGUAUUAAAAUGUGUAUUUGCAAAAAUCAAUGAUGUGUAUAAUAAAAGAUCGAUAUUUGGCAUCUGUGUAU